AGUUUUAACGCAUGCGCAGAGUGUAACUGUGUCUCAUUUGUGGAGAAGAUGGCUGCGCCCGUAGAUCUGGAGCUGAAGAAGGUAGAAAUUACAUCGAUGUUUUUCUGUUUUUCUCCUUUUUUCGUCACUUUCUCUCUUUUAUUUCGUAGUUCUGAAUAAAACAGUCAGCUGUUAGCAACACAGCGGCUAACAGCUAACUAAAGGAGCUAACUGAAGGAGCUAACUACAGGAGCUAACUACAGGAGCUAACUGAAGGAAGAGACUGUGACACGUUUCUGUCCAGAUAUAGAAGAGUCUAGAUUUGAACAGAGAUCUAUCUCUGUUUGUGAUCAAUAAUAAACUCUGCUGUCUGUAGAGAGAACAACGAUCUUAUAGAGACAUUACUCAUUUAUGAUCAUUAAAACAGAGGACACCUCUGGACCUCAGACACUCCAUCUGGACUCAUGUGGUUCUGAUGGUUCUGGGUCUGAUGGUUCUGUUGGUUCUGCUUAUGAUGGUUCUGUUGGUUCUGGUUGUGUUCCAGGCCUUCACGGAGCUGCAGGUGAAGAUGAUCGACACUCAGCAGAAGGUGAAGUUGGCCGACCUGCAGAUCGAUCAGCUGACCCGGGUCCAGAAACACGCCAAACUGACCCACGCCGAGAUCACCACGCUGCCCGACAACACCAGACUCUACGAGGGGGUGGGCCGGAUGUGAGUCUGAGGAGACCACCUGGGUCUAUGUGGAGACCCGGGUCUGUGUGAUUAUGAGGGAGUUAUCAGAAAGUAACUGUGUGUGUGUGUGUGUGUGUGUGUGUGUGUGUCUGUGUGUGUGUGUUUAUAUGUGUGUGUGUGUUUCAGGUUCAUCCUGCAGUCAAAGGAGGAAAUCAACAAUCAGCUGAUGGACAAACAGAAAACAGCUGAUGAGAAGAUCAAAGAACUGGAGGUACACACACACACACACAGACACAUUUAUAUACACACUCUUUUACCUAUGAGUGUGUAUAUAAAUGUGUGUGUGUAUAAAUGUGUGUAUAUAAAUGUGUGUGUGUAUAAAUGUGUGUAUAUAAAUGUGUGUGUGUUCAGUAGCUGGUCUAACUGUCGGCGUUGUGAUUUCCAGCAGAAGAAGGUGUACCUCGAACGCAGCGUGAAGGAAGCAGAAGAUAACAUCAGAGAGAUGCUGCUGUCCAGGAGAGCCCAGUGACAGACACACACACACACACACAAAUACAGACACACACACACACAAAUACAGACACACACACACACAAAUACAGACACACACACACACACUUGGUCUCUCUCUCCAAUGUAAACUCAGCUGUCAUCAUCAAUAGUCUGUUAUUAUUAUUAUUAUUAUUAAUAUUAUUUUUGUUGUUUGUUCUUAAUAAAAAGUGAAGCUGAAAUUUUC